AUGGAUGUGACAUGUGGAAUCCUUGUGGUAUCUCUCAGGAGAAAGAGUAAAGGAAUACAGGAGUCAGAGGGGCAGGCAGUGAUGGCUUUCCCUCCACAAUCUCAUGUUCAUGUGAUUCCUCCAGAGAGCUCUGACUUUGACAAUAUCAACAAAGGGAUUGCGCAUUCUCCCAGCACAUACAGGGUUCAUGACUCGCAACAGAUGGUGUGGGUCCUGACUGGAAAUUCUUUAACAGCGGUUCCUGCUAGCAACAAUGUCAAGCCUGGUAGGUGGCAUGUGAUGGUGCAGGCAGUGAUGGCUUUCCCUCCACAAUCUCAUGUUCAUGUGAUUCCUCCAGAGAGCUCUGACUUUGACAAUAUCAACAAAGGGAUUGCGCAUUCUCCCAGCACAUACAGGGUUCAUGACUCGCAACAGAUGGUGUGGGUCCUGACUGGAAAUUCUUUAACAGCGGUUCCUGCUAGCAACAAUGUCAAGCCUGGUAGGUGGCAUGUGAUGGUGCAGGAAGUAGACAUCAUGAAUUUGUACAAAGAGGGAAAAGCACAAAAGGCCUUUCUGUUCUACCAUGGCAUAGAGGGCUCCACUUCUGUCUUUCAGUCAGUCUUCUAUCCUGGCUGGUUUAUAGCCACAUCUCCCAUAGGAAGACAGACAAUCAUCCUCACACAUCAGAGGGGUAAAUCUGAUAACACUAACUUCUACAUAGAGUCUGAGAAUUAA